AUGGAACCUUAUGCUGCUGGUUAUGGACUGAAGGAGGAGGAGAAAGACCGUCACACUGGCACUGUCCUCUUCACCAAGAAAAAUGUGCUACUGGAUUCAGUGGUGACGAUCGCGACAGUGAUUCUGCUGCUCAGCAUAAUCGAGCUGGAAAUACACUCGGAAGAGUACUGUGCGAUGUAUGAUAUAUGUGGAGAACGCAGUGAUGGCAAAGUGUUGAAUUGCCCUUAUGGUUCCCCCUCUGUCAAGCCUGAUGAGCUAUUUUCUGCCAAAAUCCAAAGUUUGUGUCCAACAAUAAGUGGAAAUGUUUGUUGCACCGAGUUUCAGUUUGAGACGUUGCGAGCACAGGUUCAACAAGCAAUUCCAUUUCUUGUAGGCUGUCCGGCAUGCUUGAGGAAUUUCCUAAAUCUGUUUUGUGAGCUAUCUUGCUCUCCAAAGCAGAGUCUAUUUAUCAAUGUGACUUCUAUAUCCGAGGUUAGUGGAAAUAUGACUGUGGAUGGGAUUGACUAUUUCAUAUCUGACUCUUUUGGAAAAGGACUGUAUGACUCGUGUAAGGAUGUUAAAUUUGGCACUAUGAAUACACGGGCCAUAGAAUUUAUUGGUGCUGGUGCUAAAAAUUUUAAAGAAUGGUUUGACUUUCUUGGUGAGAAAGCACCCCCUGGUUUCCCUGGUUCACCUUAUUCCAUUGACUUCAAGUUAACCGUCCCUGAGUCAUCUAAUAUGGAGCUCAUGAACAUGUCAGUUUACUCAUGUGCUGACACUUCACUAGGCUGCUCUUGUGGUGAUUGCCCUUCAUCUCCUGCGUGUUCUAAUUCUGAACCACCUCCGCACAAGAAAGAGCUAUGCUCCAUCAAAAUUUUAUUUGUUGAGGGGCAUGAGGUGGAUCCUCUAGUUACUGAAGAGGUCGAACUAUCUCUUAUUCAGGAAUAUAUGUCCAGGUUUUUCAGGAGUUAUGGAAUCUGGGUUUCUAGAAAUCCCACUCUUGUGCUCUUUUCCUCGGUGGGGAUUGUUCUUAUACUCUGUAUAGGUCUAGUUCGUUUCCAGGUGGAGACACGGCCAGAAAAGCUGUGGGUAGGUCCUGGUAGCAAGGCAGCGGAAGAGAAACAAUUUUUCGACAGACAUCUUGCCCCCUUCUACAGAAUUGAGCAGCUCAUUAUAGCGACUAUCCCAGAUUCAGAGAAUGGCAAGUCACCCAGUAUUGUCACAGACGAAAAUAUUCAAUUGCUUUUCGACAUGCAAGACAAGGUUGACAGAAUUCGUGCUAAUUAUUCUGGUUCGAUGGUAGCUCUAACUGAAAUUUGCUUGAAGCCUAUUGGCCAAGAUUGUGCCACUCAAAGCAUUUUGCAGUAUUUUAAAAUGAACCCGGAAAACUUUGACAUGUAUGGAGGAGUUGUACAUGCUGAGUAUUGCUUUCAGCAUUAUUCUUCUGCAGAAACAUGUUUAAGUGCCUUUCAGGCUCCUCUUGAUCCAAGCACUGCCUUGGGAGGAUUCUCUGGGAACAACUAUUCAGAGGCUUCGGCAUUUGUAGUCACGUACCCAGUUAAUAAUGCAGUUGACGAUGUAGGAAAUGAAAAUGGGAAAGCAUUGGCUUGGGAGAAGGCUUUCAUUCAGUUAUCAAAGGAAGAACUGCUGCCAAUGGUGUUGUCUCGGAAUCUGAGCCUCUCGUUUUCAGCGGAAAGCUCAAUUGAGGAAGAGUUAAAAAGAGAAAGUACCGCAGAUGUUAUAACCAUAAUAGUAAGCUAUCUGGUAAUGUUCAUCUAUAUAUCUCUGACAUUGGGAGAUGCACCUCAGAUAUCUUCUUUUUACCUCUCUUCCAAGGUCCUGCUUGGUUUGUCAGGAGUAUUGCUUGUAAUGGUUUCUGUCCUUGGAUCUGUUGGAUUUUUCAGUGCUUUGGGAGUUAAAUCUACAUUAAUCAUAAUGGAAGUCAUUCCUUUUCUUGUCCUGGCUGUUGGUGUAGAUAACAUGUGUAUUUUGGUACAUGCCGUCAAACGGCAAUCACCGGAGUGGCCUUUAGAAAGACGAAUAAGUAAUGCACUGGUUGAAGUUGGCCCAUCCAUAACGCUGGCUAGUUUGUCUGAGGUUUUGGCUUUUGCAGUGGGUAGCUUCAUUCCUAUGCCUGCGUGCCGAGUGUUCUCCAUGUUUGCAGCCCUUGCUGUAUUGCUGGACUUCUUUCUGCAAGUUACUGCAUUUGUUGCAUUGAUAUACUUUGACUUUUUGAGAGCUGCGGAUGGCAGGGUUGAUUGUUUUCCAUGCAUAAAAGUAUCAUCUUCCUCUGUGGAAUCCACUGAAGGAAUCAAUCAGGGAAGCACUGGAUUGUUGGCUCGCUAUAUGAAGGAAGUGCAUGCACGCAUUCUUGAGUCAUGGGUGGUUAAGAUGAUUCUCAUUGCCAUCUUUAUUGGCUUUACCUUGGCAAGCAUUGCAUUUUGUUCUAGGAUUGAAACAGGUUUGGAGCAGCAGAUUGUCCUUCCCCGGGACUCUUACCUUCAGGGGUAUUUCAAUAGUAUCUCAGAGUAUCUCAGGGUUGGACCACCAUUAUACUUUGUUGUUAAGGAUUACAACUACAGCUCGGAAUCAAGACAUACAAACCAGUUAUGUUCCAUUAGCCAAUGUGAAUCGAACUCUCUUUUGAAUGAGAUAUCAAGAGCUUCUUUAACACCAGAAUCAAGCUACAUUGCCAAGCCGGCUGCCUCUUGGCUUGAUGAUUUUCUUGUAUGGGUAUCCCCCGAGGCUUUUGGUUGCUGUCGGAAAUUUUUAAAUGCUUCCUAUUGUCCACCUGAUGACCAGCCGCCUUGCUGUUCACCGGAUGAUGGACCUUGUGGCCUUGGUGGAGUCUGCAAAGAUUGUACAACUUGCUUUCGCCACUCGGAUUUGGUUGAUGAUCGUCCAUCUACAUCACAAUUUAGGGAGAAGCUUCCUUGGUUCCUCAAUGCACUGCCAUCCGCUGAUUGCGCAAAAGGUGGCCAUGGUGCUUACACUAAUAGUGUGGAUCUCAAUGGUUAUGGAAAUGGCAUUAUACGAGCAUCUGAGUUUCGCACCUAUCACACGCCACUUAACAAACAAGGUGAUUACGUAAAUUCCUUGAGAGCAGCACGGGAGUUCAGCUCAAGAAUGUCUGAUUCCUUAAAGAUGGAUAUCUUUCCAUACUCAGUGUUCUACAUCUUCUUUGAGCAAUAUCUCGAUAUAUGGAGGAUAGCUCUGAUCAACAUUGCUAUAGCUCUUGGUGCAAUCUUCAUUGUCUGUCUGCUUAUCACUUCCAGCUUAUGGAGUUCAGCAAUUCUUAUACUUGUCUUGGCAAUGAUUGUGGUGGACCUAAUGGGGGUGAUGGCCAUUUUGGAUAUCCAACUAAAUGCGGUUUCGGUAGUAAAUCUCAUAAUGUCGAUUGGAAUUGCUGUCGAGUUCUGUGUGCAUAUAACACAUGCUUACUUGGUGAGCCAUGGGGACCGAAAUGAACGAGCAAAGAAAGCUCUAACUAAAGUCGGACCUUCUGUGUUCAGUGGAAUCACACUUACAAAGCUAGUUGGAGUGAUUGUCCUUUGCUUCUCAAGAUCAGAAAUUUUUGUGGUUUAUUAUUUCCAAAUGUACCUGGCGUUGGUUCUUAUUGGUUUCUUGCAUGGGCUUGUAUUUUUACCGGUGGUGUUGAGCAUGUUUGGUCCACUGAAGAGGCUUACAAAUAUUGAGAUUCAAGAAGUUGAAUCUUCAUCAAACUUGAGGUGAUAAUUGUGGAAGUUCAUCUUCGCCAUUUGAGGCCAAGAUUCUGCUCUUGUGCUUGGAAUACGAGGAUAUGUUGUAGAAUUUAUCCCAAGGAAAACAGAUUUAGUUGUGAUGUAUAGGAUUUUAUUGCAUCACUGAUUUACUGCACACA